GGUUUUACCAAAAUUCGAUGAAUGGCUUUUCUGUGUGAUUUAUGUGGUGCUGGUAUUAUAGAGAAGGACAGAAACAAUGAUGUUCUAUGGACCUGGUCAUACCCAUCUAUUUCACAGGACCAAAGGGAAUUUCUAGUAUCCAAAUCUGGUCUGAGCAAUGAUACUGGCUUGCCAAUCAAUUUUUUGUAUGGUCAAUGGAAACAGAAAUGGUAUUAUAUUCAAAUUAUUGAUGUCUCCAGUGAAGAAACAUCUUUAACUCAGGUAGUUAAAUUUGCCGUGGUGCUGCUGUGUCGAGACUUCAACCCUGAGAAGUACCUCAUACUUUGCCAGAUUUUUGGUCGACAGUACAAGAAGACUGGGAGUGCAGCUUCUUUACUUGAGUCGUAUCUCUCUGUUGUAACCAAUGGCUCAUGCAACAAUGAUGAGAAUGGAAAAUUUGUAAUCAACAAUUUUAGCCCAGAACAAGCUUAUGCCAAGUGUUGUAUCAAAGAAAUCAUACAGACUUUUGGAGUAGAAACCAUAUUGAUUUACACAGCUGUACUGUUGAAGAAAAAAAUUGUUGUUUAUUUCCCACCUCAUUCAAUUGGCAAUUUAUUGGAUUAUACAAGGUCAAUCCCUGCUUUUGCUUGGCACAGACAAAACUGGAAUAUUUUACACCCGAAUGUGCAGCUGACAGAUGCUGAGAUAGAGAAUCUAACAUCAAAUUCUCACUAUGUAGCAGGUUUCACAGAAGCCGCAGUUGAGGGCAGGACAGAUUUAUAUGAUGUAUUCGUGAAUGCCCCCAAUGGUCAAAUUAUUGUUGCCUCUCAUGCCAAAGAGUCCUUGGCAAUGGGUAAAUUACAUAAAGAUAUUGCCAUGUUGAUGGUUGAGAAAACCGAGAAAGACAACUCAGAAAUGGAUGUUAUUAAGGCUAUUGAAUCAAAGACGAGUGAUUUAUUAAACAACCUCAAGUCCCUGGCUACUAAAGAUGUUGAUGGAAAACUUUCAUUCACGCUGGAGACACUCAAGGAAAGAAAGUUGCCCCCAGCCACAGAAAACUUUUUGUUUAGUUUAGCUGCAUCUGAAGGUUUAGUCAAAUUGUAACUAAUGUAACAAAGUUUUUCACAAUGUAUUCUUGGUAUUUAGAAGAUGUUCACAGCAUUGAAAACCUGUUACCAUGUAUGUUUUUGAUAAUAGGAUCAUUUACAUUAUGUUUUACAAAUCUGUUUUUAAACAUUACCAUGUAUGUUACUGUUUUAUUAUUAAAUUAUUCUACUUUUGUUAUUAAAUUAUUUUUAUUAUGUCUUUUAAGAUUUAAGGAUUUUUUAAAAUUUAAUUAAACUUAUAAACAUAAG